UCAAUAAUCGAAGCUGAAUGAAAGACGCCUCGCAUCAUGUUUUUGCCUAAGUUCAUAUUUCUAUUACUUACUUUAUCAAUAAGCCAAUGUGUGCCACGCUCUAUCAAUGAAAAUAAUGAUCCUUUUCUCGUUCCUCCAAAGUACACGAAGUACGAUGAUUUAGUUAUAUUAUUCAAUGAAUUGGAGUCUUUGUACCCGGAACUUGCUAAAGUCUUCUCGAUAGGAAAGUCCGUCGAAGGACGCCAACUAUUGGUGAUACAAAUAACUGAAGGUGUUAAACAGACACAUCCAGAACGACCAUCAUUUAAAUAUGUGGCCAAUAUGCAUGGUGAUGAAUCCGUCGGCCGGGAAUUAGUUAUUUACUUGGCGCGAUAUUUACUAUUAAAUUAUGGUAAAGACGACAGGAUUACCAAGUUGGUUAAUACCACUGAUAUUCACUUGAUGCCGUCUCUUAAUCCUGAUGGAUUUGAAGCGAGUAAGGAAGGGUUCUGCGAAUCGCUCAAAGACUACGUAGGCAGGAGUAACGCGAAGGGGGUAGACCUCAACCGAGAUUUUCCAGACCAGUUCGACAAGAACAAGGCCGAUGAUGAUGAAUAUUUGUUCGGUGGACGCCAACCAGAGACAGCCGCGCUCAUGAGAUGGGUCCUGUCCAAGCAGUUCACGCUGUCAGGAAAUUUGCAUGGUGGCGCAAUCGUGGCCAGCUAUCCUUAUGAUGACACCAACACUGGUAAAGACUGUUGCAUCGAAAGCCGGACCCCAGAUGACGCUCUGUUCAAGUAUCUUGCAGGAGUUUACGCGUCAAAACAUGAGCAGAUGAAACGUGGCGACGCCUGCCUGCCAGAGAAGUUCAAAAAUGGUCUCACUAACGGAGCUUACUGGUACUCCGUUAAGGGUGGUAUGCAAGAUUUCAACUACCUCCACUCAAACUGUUUCGAAGUAACCUUCGAAUUGUCCUGCUGCAAGUAUCCCAAAGCGUCAGAAAUCGUCAAAUUCUGGGCGAACAAUCGAGAACCAUUGCUGGCGUUCAUGGAACAAACCAAUAUUGGAGUGCGAGGCUUUGUGGUUGACGAGAAUGGGGACCCUGUGAAGAAUGCUGAAGUACUAGUGAACGGUAUCAACCAUCCAGUUAGAACAACCGAAUAUGGCGCGUAUUGGAGAUUACUGUUGCCCGGACAGUACAAUAUCUCAGCAUCUGCACAUGGCUACACAAGCCAACCGGUACCAGUAACAGUGGGUCCCAGCGACCCCACUGUGGCAAACAUCACAAUAACCCGUAACCGACGAGCCCUGGCCGCUGGUAAGUCUAACACCCUCACGUACUGCUGGCUGCUUUUACACUUCCUACUGGUGCUUAUACUUCAGACAUACUAUUCGUUCGCGUCAACGCCGCUGUACGUCAAUGCUAUCACUAUUUGCGGUCACGUAGUGCGGUAUCGACGUCAUACCAUCGAUGGUCUCUCCGCAGAGGACUUCACUCAUCACAAUUACGUGAAAAUGGAGCAGUUCCUUCGAGAUCUGGCUGUAUCAUACCCAGAUAUCACGAGACUGUAUAGUAUCGGAAAAUCCGUUGAGGAAAGAGAUCUUUAUGUCCUAGAAAUUACCAAGGAUCCUGGAAAGCAUAUACCCGGAAAACCGGAAUUCAAGUACGUAGCCAACAUGCACGGCAACGAGGUAGUAGGUAGAGAACUGCUUCUGCUUCUUGCCAAGUACCUCUGCCAGCAAUACUCCAACGACCUUCGCGUCCAGACGAUCCUGAACAACACAAGGGUCCACCUUAUGCCCAGUAUGAACCCAGACGGAUAUGAGCAUGCUAGAGUCAAGGAUUAUAGCAGCAUUCGUGGCAGAGCGAAUGCGCAUGACGUCGAUCUCAAUAGAAACUUUCCAGAUCAGUUUGGACCAACUUCGGAUAACCAAACACCGGAACCGGAAACGCUAGCAGUGAUGAACUGGACACUAUCUCUGCCAUUCGUGUUAUCAGCUAACUUGCACGGAGGCUCGCUGGUAGCCAACUACCCGUACGAUGGGAACAAGGAUAUGAAGAACGGUCAAGAGAACCCCUCUCCGGAUAAUCCGGUGUUCGUUCAUCUUGCCCAUGUUUAUUCUAAUGCUCAUCAUAAAAUGCACCUCGGCCAGCCUUGUAAAGACAUGAACAGUGACACGUUUCCUGGUGGAAUCACGAAUGGUGCUAAAUGGUACGUGCUAGCUGGUGGUAUGCAGGACUGGAACUACCUCCACUCCAAUGACAUGGAGUUAACCCUGGAACUGGGCUGCUACAAGUUCCCUCCCGCUGACGACCUGCCCACCUACUGGGAAGACAACAGGGAGGCCCUACUGGAAUUCAUUGAAGAAGUCCACAAGGGUGUCCAUGGUUUUGUACACAGUCACAUAGGACACAGUCUCGCCAAUGCCACUAUAUCCGUUUCCGGUGUCCGCCAUACCGUCAGAUCAGCUAAAGAUGGCGACUACUGGAGACUUCUCGUGCCUGGCACUUACAACAUUACAGCGAGUAAACAAGGAUACGAAAGUGUGACGGAACAAGUGACGGUACCCGCCAAUGGUUCAGUCAGCGUUAACUUUACACUCAUGCCUGACGACCCUCAACACUGGUCAUCGGCAUACGACUUCCGUGUACUAGACAACAUAGUGAAUAGGCAGUACCACUCACCGCUGGAGAUGUACUCAGAGUUAGCGGAACUAGAGAACAGGUUCCCCGAUAUAGCCGAGUUCAGAGCUGGAGAUAGCAUGAAGACCGCUACACUUCACGAGCUGAAGAUUACUGAUGAUGCUGGAUCUCCAGAAGAAACGAAAUUCCACAUCGCCCUCAUAAGCAACUUAUACGGUUCGCAGCCUUUAGGACAGGAAAUGUUACUGAAUUUCGCAAGGCACAUUGCCACAGCCUACCAGAUAGGUGAACCGAUACACAAACGAUUACUAAAGAACGCAGUACUACACUUCAUACCCAAUCUAGAUCCUCUAUAUGGUAAAAUAUUUAAGCAAUACGAUCAUACAGAAAAAUGUGAACUAGACGUUAUAGAAGAAGAAUUUGGCAGCAGUCUUUACAGCUACCUAACGAAGAAAAAUUUGAAUCCCCUGUCCAAUUACACGAGAGAAAAGGCCUUUGUUGGAUUGUUAGAGUCUGAAAGAUUCGAUUUGGUCCUCGAUUUGGCCUCUGGCAGUGAAGAUGUGACUAUACCAAACUUUUCGAAGGAUAUUUACGAGAAAUUUGCUCUUAAAUACCAGGAUAACAGGACGCCCAGUAACAAAUAUCCUUGUAAACAAAUGUCCAACGUGGAACAUGAGAAUCUUCUAGAUCUGAUAUUCGAAAGAUUCAAUGUGCCGGUAGUGACGGUCGGUCUGAGCUGCUGUAAAAUGCCGCUGGAGAGUGAUAUAGCUUGGGUGUGGAGGAACAAUCUGCGUGGUAUUAUGAAGUUUAUCGAACAAGCUAACACUGGUGUCGUGGGCUUCGUUCGUAACGAGCAAGGCGCGCCGAUGCGGAGCGCGGUCGUAGCCGUCGCGGGCUCCGCGCGCACGUACCGCGUGUCGCGUAACAGGGCGCACUACCGCGCCGUGCUGCCGCCCGGCGACUACCGCGUCAUCGUGCGCUGCCACGGGUACCGCGACCUGAUGUUAAAUUGGCGAGUGGUCGACGGAGUAGUAAAGCAAAAGGACGUAGUUCUCAAACGGGUCAACUCGGAGGAGAUCCCUGGAGGGCAGUUUGAGGAGUUACCCAUCCCGAAAGAUCCUGACACCGUUUAUAUUACUGGAUUAGCCCUUGAUCGUAACAGUGGCCCACUACCCAACACAGAACUAUCAAUCUUCCCGUUGGACUCCAAGCGACCAAUAUCGAGUAACACCAGCGACCAAUACGGUCGAUUCGUGGUCAAGCUACCGAUCACCUUCAUGGGGCAUGAAGUCUUAAUAUCGGCUGUUAAUGAUGGGUUCAUUACUAAGAAUAGGCAUGUAAAGAUAAACAGCAAUGACAACAUCACUCCCAAUAUCUUGUUCAAGUUGGAGAAGGAUGAUAACAUACUGGGAAUGUCCCGUUUCGUCUUCGUUAUGGUGGCAGGUGUGGUCGGCGUAGCUGUAGUAGUGGCGGGGGCGUGGUGCUUCGCUCAGAGACAGAAGGCUCAAAUGGCGAGACGGGACUACCACUUUGUUGCACUACCCUCCGAGGACAAGAGGCCGCUGUGUGAGGACGAGACCUAUGAUAUAGUAAGAAAGCCGUACUACGAUGAAGAGGACAUACCGCCGUCUGAAACUGACUCCGAAGAGGACAUCAUACUCCUCAGGUCAGAAAGAGAUUGGAAACCGGUAAACGAUGAGUAAAUGCAACUAAUAUUUAAGAUAUACUGUAGUUUUAUAGCCUAAAGCAUCCUAAUGAGGGUAGAAUCAUAUUAAAAUAAUUUUAUAUUUGAAUGUGUUAUUAAAAGGGGAUUUCCCGGUUGCCUGUAAUAAAAUAUUCAUAAAUAUGAAAUUUUACAAAAAAAUAUUUCGAUAUGGCAAUAAUUUUUGUCCUAAUGUUACUGUGAUAUUGACAACAUUUUUCCGUCGAUUUUUUAAUUUCAUUUACAUCAUGUCCUUUAUUAAGAUUCUGAAUGAAAAAAAAAAUUAUUACUAUUUCAA